AUGUCUGGCCCCGUGGCCAUUGCUGAUGAUGUUGAAAGAGCUCUCUCCUUGUCAGAGAAGACGAGAUCUUUCAAUAGUAUAGUGUAUAAUGACAGAACCCUCUCAAGUGAAUUGGAUGGAGAGGUUUCCCAUGCUUCUUUCGAGACCCCUGGCUUUAGAACCGAAGAGUUCUUACUGCCAAACGGGGAAUCUUAUUCUGGAUCCCUGCUGGGAAUUAUACCUGAGGGUUCAGGGAACUAUGUCUGGCCUGAUGGUUGCAAGUAUGAGGGUGAGUGGAGAUGCGGGAUGAGGCAUGGGUAUGGAAAACUUAAAUGGCCAUCUGGUGCUCUCUAUGAAGGUGAAUUUUCAGGUGGUUAUAUGCAUGGCACAGGGACAUAUACUAGACUUGAUAAUAUGUCCUAUAGGGGCCGGUGGCGGUUGAAUCUCAAACAUGGUUUGGGAUAUCAAAUAUAUCCCAAUGGUGAUGUCUUUGAAGGAUCAUGGAUUCAGGGAACCCCAGAAGGGCCUGGUAAGUAUGUGUGGGCUAAUGGAAAUGUGUACUUGGGAAAUAUGAAGGGAGGUAAAAUGUCAGGUAAGGGAACACUUACUUGGACCAACGGGGACUCGUAUGAAGGAAGCUGGCUAAAUGGCAUGAUGCAUGGAUUUGGAGUAUAUACGUGGAGUGAUUGUGGCUACUUCGUUGGAACUUGGACCCGAGGCCUGAAGGAUGGAAAAGGAACCUUCUAUCCAAAAGGCUGCAAGGUUCCAGCUGGUCAGCAAUUAUACCUCAAUGCUCUGAGAAAACAAGGACUGCUGCCAGAUUUGAGAAAACAGAAUCAAGUUUCCUAUUUUCAUCAUGCUACGUCGGUAGAUAUGGGAGAUAUUAAAGUUGGCAGGAACCGAGGUUCUCGUCGGAAUUCAUCUAAGCUCUCCAGAGGGAACCUAUUAAAUCUAGAACAGCCCCGUCCAGAAAAUGUAUCUCUGGAAAGACGUUGGAGCCUUGAGGUAUCCAUUGAGAAAGUCAUUGGACACGAUUCACAGUCGAGCAUAUCUGAGUCUGUUUUAGAACGUAAAGAUAAUGAGGAUGACAUCAAUUCUCCAAUCUUGGAAAGAGAAUACAUGCAAGGGGUCCUAAUCAAUGAGCUCGUUUUAAGCAAUCGAUUUUCGCCAUCAUCUAGAAGAGCAGAAAGGCGGCAAAAAAAACUUGCAAGGGAGAUUAAGAGGCCAGGUGAACAAAUCAUUAAGGGCCACAGGAGUUACGAUUUGAUGCUCAGUUUGCAGCUUGGGAUCAGAUAUACUGUUGGGAAAAUUACUCCCAUACAUAGACGAGAAGUUCGGGCAGCAGAUUUUGGCUCUCGUGCCAGCUUUUGGAUGAAUUUUCCUGAAAAGGGGUCACAACUGACACCUCCUCAUCGGUCGGAGGAUUUCAAGUGGAAAGAUUAUUGCCCAAUGGUUUUCAGGAAUUUGAGAGAGAUGUUUAAGAUUGAUGCGGCCGACUACAUGAUUUCCAUAUGUGGUAAUGAUGCCCUCAGGGAACUUUCUUCCCCUGGGAAAAGUGGUAGUGUCUUUUUCCUGUCCCAAGAUGACCGUUUCAUGAUCAAGACAUUGCGAAAAUUCGAAGUUAAGGUUUUGUUGCGGAUGCUCCCGGACUACCAUCAUCAUGUAAAAACGCAAGAGAACACUCUCAUAACUAAAUUUUUUGGUCUUCACAGGAUUAAUCCUUCUAGCGGUCAAAAGUUUCGUUUCGUAGUCAUGGGGAAUAUGUUCUGCACAGAAUUAAGAAUCCAUCGAAGAUUUGAUUUGAAAGGUUCUUCAUUAGGACGUUCUGCUGACAAGGUUGAAAUUGACGAGAGCACGAUACUUAAGGAUUUGGAUUUGAAUUACUGCUUUUACUUGGAACCUUCUUGGAGAGAUGCCCUCUUACAGCAGAUUGAAAUAGAUAGCAAAUUCUUGGAAGCACAAAACAUAAUGGAUUACAGCCUCUUGCUAGGUGUUCAUUAUCGAGCACCCCAACACCUACGCUCUCUUAUGUCUUACAGCCAGAGGAUGUCGGUUGAUGGAUUGGGAAUUGUUGCAGAAGAAGAGUCUAUGGAGGAUGAAAUAUCUCCACAAGGCCUUGUUUUGGUCCCUCGCGGAGCUGAUGAUAAUAGUGUUGUUAUUGGCCCUCAUAUUAGAGGUAGCCGAUUGAGAGCGUCAUCUGCAUCUGGAGUUGAGGAAGUGGAUCUUCUCCUUCCUGGUACAGCAAGACUCCAAAUCCAGCUUGGGGUGAAUAUGCCUGCAAGAGCGGAGCGUGUCCCUGGGAAAGGCGAUAUGCAGAUGUUUCAUGAGGUGUACGACGUCGUCUUAUACUUGGGUAUUAUUGACAUAUUUCAAGAGUACAGCGUGAGCAAGAAGAUUGAACAUACAUAUAAAUCUAUUCAAUUCGAUUCAGUAUCCAUAUCUGCUGUCAACCCUGCAUUCUACUCUCAGCGCUUCUUACAAUUCAUUCAAAAGGUUUUUCCGCAAAAUGCUUUGCAAGAUUAG